AUGGCGGACCUGUUAUUUCCCACUCUGCACCAACGCCUGAAAAGCCAACCCAAAGCACUCUAUGCGGCAGUAUUGACAGACGUAGCCCGUGCUGCAUCUGAUAGCAUCGAGGCAUUAACGAGCUUCCGCGCUUUGCUUCUCGAUUCACCGAAUGGCACAUCGUCCCCUGGGCUCAUGGCUUUCGACGCCCAUGUCGGAGACACUGGCUGUCACUUGAGGGCAGGGAUGUUCCUUGAAGUAUACCGCUUACAUAGGAAUGCUCCCUCUUCAUGGAUUGACCAGACCGUCCACCGUCUUCGAAAGACGCAGGAAAAGGCACAGCAGAUCUGCGCAGCCCUAACUCAACAGAGCGCACGGCCACAGUCUGUCGGACUCAGUGGGAAGGAUCUCCCACUACCGAAACUGUUUCGGGCAGUCGACUGGGAGGAAUUCUCAUCUGCCGAGCCUUCUAAUAUUCCAUACCUGCUUAAAGAUGUGGGAGGCCCUAGGCGAAGCUUUGAGGGUGAUUCAUCCAAGUCUGUUUCCUGGUCAUCGACGUCCUCGACGAAAAGUCGCUCGACGUCGCCAUCGUCCACAGGAUCCGAGAUCCCUCUUCCAUUUGAGACCAGGUGGACUCCUGACAAUAUCACGAUACUUGUCCGCCUGGUCGUUUAUUCAUUUGUGCUCUCAAAGUACAAGUCCUUCUCCAGCGUAAACAACACCGUGGUGGCGCGGCUGUGCCCAGAGGACACCGCAGAGGCUGGUUAUGCGUUGAUGGAAGGGUUCUGGGAUUUCGAUCACAGUGAUUACCGCAAGGCCCGUGUGGAGCGCUUUUCGCAAGAGCUUCGGGCGCUGCAGGUAUGGAUUUCCGACUUGAGCUCUGCCUGGCUUCAUAGUGUGGCCAUGCGAUGCUCUCCGGGGGGGAUGGAUAGAUUACUGGCACGCACCACAUUGAAGUCAGGCAAAGGACUGACAGUCACCCCUUGCUUUGUGGGAUAUCUAUUGCUCCGGCAUGAGUGGGCACAAGGCCAUUUCCCCAUUGUCAUGGUUGAUCGUUAUUUCUGCUCGCAUGGAUGGCAUUUCAAUGUCUUUAUUGCGCAUUUGAAGGCAGAGGACACGUCUGACGAAGGUUUUCAGCGCCAGGUUGAGUGGCAUAUUCAACCAGUUUCCAUUUCUGAGCUGCUCUCAUCCAGCUGGCGGUCACAGCCACAUACAGUGGCCAUGGGAAAUAGCAUCUCCGGAGGCAUUGAUGAUUACAGGGCACGCCUUAGUGAUGCAGACAAGGAGUGCCCCCAUAUAAACGACGGCAGCUGUUGUCUUGAGAACGCUCAGCAUGUCCAUGACUUCACACAUGCCAACCACGACCGCCUGGCCCUGUCGUUCUUUGGUGCCCACAAAAGCUACCCUUUCCAACUCGAUGACCAGGAUGAAACGGAGUUUGUCGGGUCCCACAUGGACGAUGCCUUUCCUCGGAUGCGAGGGGAAUGGAUUGGAGCUGCGAGCGAGGUGGGCCGACGCGGUGGUGGACAUGAGAGCCUUCGUAUAUUUGGCUGGCAGCAUGUUUUCGUCGAGUCUCCGGAGAAUGUGGGCAGGCGAGUCCAGGAAUGGCUCAGGGAUGGAAAUCUGAUGCCACUUUCAGCUUGA